AUGGGUGCGAGUAACAGUAAAGAUUUAUCUUCAAACGAAUAUUUAUUAAAAUUUUCUGGUAAAGAUCAUAUAUCAUGUUCGGAUCAAUUUUGGAAUGUUUUUCUAUCAUUUUCUUUUAAACCGCCUUCAUCAAAGUCUGAAAAUGAAGUCAUCAAUGAUAAAUUGUCUAAAAUAUUUGAAAAUUUAUUAAAAAAUAAUUUAGAAUCUGGUAAUUUUGUUUCAUUAAUUCGUGUAUUUAUAAAUAAAUCGACUGAUGUGUUGUCAGCAUCAUCGACUGGCAAUGAAAUUCUUGUUUGGCAAACAUAUAAUGCAUUAUUUAUCAUAAGAUGUUUCACAAGAUAUUUAGUAGAAACUGUUAAAGAGGCUGAAUAUAUUAGACACUUCAAUGUAAAACCAAUGAUGGUAUCACAGACAGUUGCAGAACAGCAAUUAGAUAAUUUGAGUAAUAAAAAAAUACAUGAAAAUCCAUUAGAAUCCCUAUUAGAAUCACUUUUGGAAAUUUUAAUAGAUGUUCCUCUCGAUUUUCAAACAUAUAGUUUACAUCUUGAAGUUGUCAAUUGUUUAUUAGUAUUUUUAAGUGCGCAAAUGUACACAAGGAAACCAGCUGCUAAAUUAAUUAUAUUCAAAACUUUGAUGCAAGGGAGACCGUCAAUACAUUCACCAUUGUUAAUAAAAACUUUACUCGGACAUUUUAUCAAGCAAGAAAAACCUUAUGAAAGAGGAGGAGGAAGUAUUGUCAUUGGUCUCGCUUCAAACAUAUGGCAUAUAUUAUCAUUAGCUUACAAGAAUUCGACAAAUUUAGAACCGCCUAAAGGAAUCACGUUAGCCAAUCAAAGUUUAUUAUUGAUAUUGGUUUUAGUCAGUCAUUGUACGGCAGAAAAAAAUUUAUUAAAUCCUUAUAGGGAUUUUUUAUUUACUUUUAUUCAUAAUUCCCCCGGUCAUUUAUCUUUAGGUUCAAAUCCCGAAGAAAUCCCCGUAUCCUCCGUAUCAGCUUUACAAAUAAAUUUCGAUCAUCUUUACGUGGCUUUAUGUAAUACGGCGGCUAACGAAUGCAGCACUUUAAUGUUGUAUUUGUUAUUACAUAGAAAUGAAAAUGUUAAAAAUUUCAUAUUGGCCCGAGCCGAUUUAGAAUAUUUGGUCGUGCCGAUAUUAAAAACUCUGUAUAACAUAACGGAAAGUAAUUCUCAUCACAUUUACAUGAGUUUAAUUAUUUUAUUAAUUUUAUCCGAAGAUGGUGGAUUCGGUCAAACCGUUCAUCAAAUAACAAUAAAAAAUGUCACGUGGUACCAUGAAAAAGUAUUAACGGAAAUUUCACUCGGGGGUUUACUCCUUUUAGUCGUUAUCAGGACGAUACAUUACAACAUGCUUAAAAUGAGGGAUAAAUAUUUACACACGAAUUGUUUAGCCGCAUUAGCAAAUAUGUCGAAUAAUUUUUGUAAUUUAAAUUCGUACGUUAGUCAAAGGCUAUUAAGUUUGUUCGAAACUUUGGCAAAAAAAUAUCACAGGUUAGAAAUAACAUUGAAAACGAAUAUGGUGAAAAUAAAUUCGGAAACGAGGGAAAAUGAUGAUGGGGAAAAAGAAAAUUCGUUCGUCGAAAUGGGAAAAAAUUCAACGACUAGUCAAUCUAAACCAAACGAAGAGAAUUCCGUGAAGGAAACGAUAAUCAAUGGAACUCACGAAAGCGAUAAGGAAGACAUGGCGAUACAAAUAAAAAGUUCAACGGAUUUAGAUGUGAAAAAUUUAAGCGGGGAUGAAGCCGUUAUCAAUGUUGAUGAUAACGCGUCUUCUGAUAUCGUACAAGAUUUAAACGUGUUAGAAGAAGUUCUUAGAAUGAUAUUAGAAAUAAUUAAUUCAUGUCUUUCAAAUCAAAUUCAACACAAUCCGAAUCUUGUUUACGCAUUGCUUUAUAAAAAAGACAUAUUCGAUCCGUUCAGAACUCAUCAGAAUUUUAAUGACGUCAUACAAAAUUUAGAUUCGGUCAUUAAUUAUUUUUCGGAUAAAUUAAAACAAGUUCAAACGGAUUUGAGCGUCAAUGAAGUUUUGUCGACGAUAACACAGGGAACUUUGGUUUGGCCUUCGCACAAAUUAAAGAAAUUUCCCGAAUUGAAAUUUAAAUACGUGGAAGAGGAUCAACCGGAAAAUUUUUUCAUACCGUACGUUUGGAAUUUAACGACUCAAUUUUCUGGGAUUAAUUGGAGUUCGAAUAAUAAAAAAAUAUUCUUUCUCGAUUCGGAAGGUUGA